AUGCCCCCUCAACAAGACACGAUGCUAUGUAAUGCAUGCAUCGACCUAUUGUCGGUGGUCAAGACACAUCCACCGGGAAACUGGACUGGCACCAAGCCAGCCCUCUUUGAACACCCUGAAGGACCGAACGAAUGGGCAGGCUCUCACCACGUCGGUGCAGGUGACUUCUAUGAUGCUGUUCGGCAGGGGUGCUACAUCUGCUGGACAAUCUAUAGAGAUUGCAGCACCGAGCUUCGAGAACAAGCGCAUACAUUUCGCACGUUCUACCAACUCCGUGCCCUCGACGCGGAUGGCUCUGCUCCGCACUUGGAGGACCAUUACGAGUUAGAAUUUACUACCGAGAUCCUAAAUGGAGAUGCACCAAUUGCUAAACAGCAGGUUUUCGACUGCAGCGGCGUUUUUAAAAUUCUUCCGAAGAACGAGGUGUCUGCUUCGGGUGAACCACUCGCUUUAACACCAAAUACAUUUUCAGGAAAAUGUAAAGACCAAGUUCGGCAAUGGCUUGAUAAUUGUCGUGCGACGCACGUUCGAUGCAACCAAGACUGGCGCACUGGAGCUGGUUCUCCUGCCCGGUUACUGCACAUCAACCCGACCACUAGGGACACGUUCCGACUGGAAAAGUUUGCAAAUAGAUCCCGGCCCCCUAGAUAUGUCACGCUGAGCCAUUGCUGGGGAGCUGGAACAGCAGUCACAUUGACGACAGCGAACCAACAACAUCUAUCUGCGGAGUGGUCUCCGAUAAAUUCACUUCCAAAAAGAUUCCAGGAUGCUAUGCAAAUUACCAGCUGGAUGGGGGUUGAAUACAUCUGGAUCGAUGCAUUAUGCAUUAUCCAAGACUCCAGGGACGACUGGCUUGCAGAGAGCACGAAGAUGGGCGACAUCUACACAAAUUCGUUUUGCAACAUUGCCGCUACGAGCGCAGACCCUCAAAAGGGAUGUUUUACGGAGAGGCUCGUCUAUAUGGUGGAGCCAUAUCCGUUGUCCGAUCCUCAACUGCACGACAGAGAAAAGACUUACGUCAUCGGCUAUGAUGAUUUCUGGAGCAACAGCCUUACCGACACGGCUUUACAUACAAGAGGAUGGGUUCUUCAAGAGCGCUUGCUCAGCCCACGGACUAUUCAUUUCGGGCAGGAGCAGAUAUUCUGGGAGUGCCGGUGUGAAAUGGCCUGCGAAGCAUAUCCUGAUGGCAUCCCCGAGCAGUUCCACAACCGAAAAAUGCAUGCUUGGAGGCAGGCAGACAAAAUCCUCGAUCCAGCAUACAAGCGACCAUCCGAUGUGUCAUUGAUAUCCAAAUACCUGCCGAGACUGAUCUCGACUUGGCUAACACCGGGCUCAAAAACUGACGAGCCUUACUGGGUCUAUGAGGUCUGGAGCAGGAUCGUUGAAGCAUACAUGGAAUGCAAAUUGAGCUAUGGCGAGGACAAACUCGUCGCGAUUUCCGGCAUUGCUCAAAAAGUCACUGAAGCCACAAAUGAACGAUAUCUUGCUGGGCUGUGGGAUAAUGCACUGUUACAACAGAGCCUGCUCUGGCAUGUCUUAGGCAGAAGGCAAGCUGACGGCACUCCAUCGGUGAGGAGUGCCUCAGCAGGAGACGAGAACUAUCGGGCUCCAUCCUGGUCCUGGGCGUCCUUGGAAGCCAAGGUCAUCUGGAACUGGCCUGCCAAGUGCGACAAGGUCGUCAUGGACAUCUUGAGCACCAAUGUCGAACAGCCCAAGGGCAGCAGACUGGCCAAGGUAUCAUCAGCGCAGAUGAAGAUUCGAGGUUCUCUAUUUGAGGCUUGCCUUCAGAUUGCGAGUCGGGAUAUGGACGGAAACCCCGAAGAGGACGGCCUAUAUACGUUGGUGCUCGACAGUCAAGACAACUCCAACAACCUGCAACAAUACUCGAUGGAGCCCACCAUCUACUUGGAUACGCCAAUGAUGCCAGAGUCUGAUUCCAUGGGUGUGUUUCUCCUUCCUAUUUGCACACAAUGGCAGGAGCGAUCUGGAGUGGAAGCAACAACUCUCGCCGGCCUGCUGUUGAGGAAAGUGGUGUCGCUCACAGCCGGGACGAGGUACGAAAGAAUUGGGAUAUUCGGGUUGGAUUACAGCCAGACAUGCGCGAUCUGCGGCAUUCGCCCCGACGAAGCCCGCUCCAUCGAAAGUAUAUCAGAGGGUAUGAGAAGAGAAGACAUACUCCUCAUAUAA